UGUUCAACUACAUCUCAUUUCGUUGUCUUGACUUAUUUUGUUCUGUCAAUUCUUCUCUCAUCAAUAUCAUUGCCUAACCUAACCAUGGAACCAGCCAAAAAUCUGGAGCUCAUUGAUCAGGCUAUCAAGAAGCUUUUAGCAGAGAAAAGAAACAAAGAAUCCUCUGGUGAUGAUGGUUUCCUCCAGGAUGAUAACGAUCAACUUCUCCUCUCCAAAUUGCUUUCCGAGUUGGAAUCACUAAAAGGGAAUGAUGUUAAACUUGAGCAAUCUGAUAUAUCACCUGGAGCGGAGGAGGAGGAGGAGGUAAAUUCUCCUGCAAUUGGUGAAGUGUUGUCAAGACAUGAGAACAGCAUUGAAAAUACAGCCGCUGGAGAGAUAGUGAAAGAGCUUAGAAAACUAAGGAGGCAGAAUUUUGUUACCCAGUGCCUUCUUUCAGCAAUGAUUGUCCUCACUGUUGCCUGGCAGGUAUCUCAGGUGUCCAUCAUUUUGCAAGUUAAAGAUGGGUUGAGCCACCCGUUUAAAUCCUUUGGGAGUAUGUUAAAUGGGAUGCUGAAACGUUCCGGUACCAAAGGUCAAGAUUCAGAAAAUCAGCAGUCAGAAGUGGUUCCUGUCAAAGUUCCUCCUUUUAAAAUUCCAGAGCUUCCACAUAUCGAUUUAGGUUCCAACAUUGAAUAGCAUUUGCUACAUUUCAAGUGCAUUUGAUGGCAAACCGAUGAAGGGUAACCGCCUAAAAGUAGGUGUUUGGUAGUGAUUCUGCUUCUAACUAUUUUCUAGAAGUGUUUUUGGUUUUAAAAAAUAUUUUUUGAUGCUUUUCACUUGGAAACCGAGCAGCAGUGCAACCUCAAAAACCAAAAUGGGCACUAAAUGUCUAUAUGAUGCAUUAUUGUAAUUGCAUGUUCAGUGUUUUUAGCAUCCAGGUAUAAACAAGGCAUUUAUAGGAAGAGAAAACCAUGUUGAAUUGCUUUUAUAGGUUGAUGUUUUGUAAGAGAACUAUGUAAAAUACGUCUUCUUAUUGCGUUUGAACUGCGAGCAAGGUCCACUGCUUUUUGAGCCUUCAA